AGGAAGGGGCGGGGGGAGGGCGAGAGCCCGGGACGGCGCCUGCGCGGUGGGCGUGAUCCGGGCACUUAGGGCAGGAUGAACGCUGCUUUCCAAGAUGGCGACGGAGGGAGGAGGGAAGGAGAUGAACGAGAUUAAGACCCAAUUCACCACCCGGGAAGGUCUGUACAAGCUGCUGCCGCACUCGGAGUACAGCCGGCCCAACCGGGUGCCCUUCAACUCGCAGGGAUCCAACCCUGUCCGCGUCUCCUUCGUAAACCUCAACGACCAGUCUGGCAACGGCGACCGCCUCUGCUUCAAUGUGGGCCGGGAGCUCUACUUCUAUAUCUACAAGGGGGUCCGCAAGGCUGCUGACUUGAGUAAACCAAUAGAUAAAAGGAUAUACAAAGGAACACAGCCUACUUGUCAUGACUUCAACCACCUAACAGCCACAGCAGAAAGUGUCUCUCUCCUAGUGGGCUUUUCCGCAGGCCAAGUCCAGCUUAUAGACCCAAUCAAAAAAGAAACUAGCAAACUAUUUAAUGAGGAAAACUCUUGUCAGCACUUGUGGAAGGUGGAUUGGAAUGAAGAAAGAGAGAAUGAAGGUAGCAAGACCAGUGAGGAGGCUCUAGUAACUGUCCAGAGACUAAUAGACAAGUCACGAGUAACCUGUGUCAAAUGGGUUCCUGGUUCGGAAAGCCUUUUCCUAGUGGCCCAUUCAAGUGGGAACAUGUACUUGUAUAAUGUGGAGCACGCUUGUGGCACCACAGCCCCCCACUACCAGCUUCUGAAGCAGGGAGAGAGCUUUGCCGUGCACACUUGCAAGAGCAAAUCCACGAGGAACCCUCUCCUCAAGUGGACGGUGGGCGAGGGGGCCCUCAACGAGUUUGCUUUCUCCCCAGAUGGCAAGUUCUUGGCGUGCGUGAGCCAGGACGGCUUCCUGCGGGUGUUCAACUUUGACUCAGUGGAGCUGCACGGCACCAUGAAAAGCUACUUUGGAGGCUUGCUGUGCGUGUGCUGGAGCCCGGACGGCAAGUACGUCGUGACGGGCGGAGAGGACGACCUUGUGACCGUCUGGUCCUUUGGAGACUGCCGCGUGAUCGCGCGGGGCCACGGGCACAAAUCCUGGGUCAGCGUGGUGGCGUUUGACCCCUACACCACUAGUGUGGAAGAGAGCGACCCUAUGGAGUUAAGUGGCAGCGACGAGGACUUCCAGGACCUUCUUCACUUUGGGAGAGACCGAGCAAACAGUACCCAGUCCCGGCUGUCCAAGCGGAACUCGACCGAGAGCCGCCCCGUCAGUGUCACGUAUCGGUUCGGCUCCGUGGGCCAGGACACGCAGCUCUGCUUAUGGGACCUCACGGAAGACAUCCUUUUCCCCCACCAGCCCCUCUCCAGAGCAAGGACGCACACGAACGUCAUGAACGCCACGAGUCCUCCUGCCGGAAGCACUGGCAACAGCGUCACGACCCCCGGCAACUCGGCGCCCCCUCCCCUGCCGCGGUCCAACAGCCUCCCGCAUUCCGCCGUCUCCAGCACCGGCAGCAAGGGCAGCAUCGCGGACGGGGCCAUCGCUUCCGGGGUCAGCAAAUUCGCGACGCUCUCACUACACGACCGGAAGGACAGGCACCAUGAGAAAGAUCACAAACGAAACCAUAGCAUGGGACACAUCUCUAGCAAGAGCAGCGACAAACUGAACCUAGUUACUAAAACCAAAACGGACCCAGCUAAAACUUUGGGGACGCCCCUGUGUCCUCGGAUGGAAGACGUUCCCUUGUUAGAGCCGCUCAUCUGUAAAAAGAUAGCACAUGAAAGACUGACUGUAUUAAUUUUUCUUGAAGACUGUAUAGUCACUGCUUGUCAGGAGGGAUUUAUUUGCACAUGGGGAAGGCCUGGUAAAGUGGGUUCUCCUGUGAGCCGUUGACUUGGGACUAAGGAUAAAUGCCUUAAUGGAAGAAAAAGAGAGGAGUGGAAAUACAGGGAUAAGCUUUGACAGUGAUUAUCGCCUCAGACAUCCAGAAACGAUGAGGGACAAAAGGCCCUGAAGCUUUCUCAGUUUUUACAGGCGUGUAACACGCGUGCCCCGAGUAUUCUGUUCCACCGCUGGGCUCCACAGCCACGUGCAAGUGCAGGCUGGCAGGUGGCCCGGCAGCCGCUUCUCCCCGAUUCCUCCACUUCCUGUGGUACAUCCUGAAUUUUUAAGAAAUUGUCAAGUAUUGAACUUGUGCUGAAGUUGGUGAAGCAGCUUUAUCGAUGUCCGCACCUGUGUACAAGGUUCUCGUUACCUCCUGCUUGGGAGGGAGAGCUUUGAUUUCCUGGUUGAGGAAGCUCAAAGUGUGAGGGGAGAGCCAAAGGGCCGGGGAGCACCGCGGAAGGAAUCCUUUGAAAACCCAAAGGCCACGUUCGUGGACCUGUCUGUCCGAGGAGGAACUAGAAGCAGAGGUCGACCGUGGUUUCCCGGGAAAAACACACGGCGCGCCGCGUCCCGUUCUCUGCGGGAGGGCUUGGCCCAGGGUGACUGGCCGCGGCCCCUGCGCGUAGGGGAACGAGGGGCAGCGGUUGGCCUCCUGUGCGGGUCAUCCCGCUGUGCCGGGCGUGUCCACUCCUGGGGCUUCCUUCCUCCGCAUUCACGUGUAGGCCUGAUAAGUGACCCGGAGGAGAUGUCCCCCUCGGGCACCACGGCAGGGAACAAUGGGCAAAGGCUCCCUCCUUGUCCAGAGCACACCUGUCGCGCUGGGCUGCUUGGGACUGUCACCUGUUCAGGUAGUCAGGGGGCUCAGCCCCACCACCCCAGUGCUGGCCAGUGAGAGGGGCGGUCUGGGAGGGUGGAGUCCAGGGCUCCUCUUGCAAGGCACUUGUAUCCCUUUGAAACUCAGAGCCAAGUUCAAAGCUGUGUGUAGAAGCGCCUCCGGGAGAGGGAAGCUCUUCCACGGGUACUUUCUAUUCAUUGCUGCAGCUGUUACGUGGACUUUGUGUCAUGGUCACAUCGCUGUUGCUCGACUUAAAUAUGUAAAAGAAAACUUCUCUGCAUUUUUGAUUUCUGUAUACCUAAGUUUAUUAAAGGUUACUGUGUUAGGUGACACUGUAUAAAAUUGUAUGAAUAUUUACCCUUAAUGAAAAUCAAAACUCAUAUGUAUUUCCUUUUUUACAUUCUCAUCUAAUUUCUUGAAAACUUGAAUAAAUUUCAUAAAGAGCCUUCCUAA